GUUCCUGUUCUAUAAAUAGCACACAAAAUUGUCCUCCGUGCAGGUCUCUACAGGACAAGUCAUUAACGCAGAGCAAAAGCAAAGACGAGGGAGUUGGAUUGUACAAGUUUCAGUUCUUGAAACAUGUCUCUUCUUACAGAUCUCAUCAACCUUAACCUCUCAGAAUCCACGAACAAGAUCAUCGCCGAGUACAUAUGGGUCGGCGGAUCUGGUAUGGAUUUGAGGAGCAAAGCAAGAACUCUUAAUGGACCUGUAAGUGAUCCUUCUAAGCUUCCCAAGUGGACCUAUGAUGGUUCCAGCACUGGUCAAGCUCCUGGUGAAGACAGUGAAGUGAUCCUCUACCCUCAGGCUAUUUUCAAGGAUCCAUUCAGAAGGGGCAACAAUAUUCUUGUUAUGUGUGAUACCUACACUCCUGCUGGAGAACCAAUUCCAACAAACAAGAGAUAUGCAGCUGCCAAGAUCUUCAGCCAUCCUGAUGUUCUUGCAGAGGAGCCUUGGUAUGGUAUUGAACAAGAAUACACCCUGCUUCAAAAAGAUGUUAAGUGGCCCCUUGGCUGGCCUAUUGGUGGUUACCCUGGACCUCAGGGACCAUACUACUGCGGUGUUGGUGCUGAUAAAGCUUGGGGAAGGGACAUUGUUGAUGCCCAUUACAAGGCUUGUUUGUACGCAGGAAUUAACAUCAGUGGUAUCAAUGGAGAAGUCAUGCCUGGACAGUGGGAGUUCCAGGUAGGUCCUUCUGUUGGUAUCUCUGCUGGUGACCAAGUGUGGGUAGCACGCUAUAUUUUGGAGAGGAUUACAGAAAUUGCUGGAGUUGUCCUAUCCUUUGAUCCCAAGCCUAUUGAGGGUGAUUGGAACGGUGCUGGUGCUCAUACAAAUUACAGCACCAAGUCAAUGAGGAAGGAAGGAGGAUUUGAGGUUAUCAAAAAGGCAAUUGAAAAGCUUGGUCAUAGGCACAAAGAGCACAUUGCUGCUUAUGGUGAAGGCAAUGAACGCCGUCUCACUGGUCGACAUGAAACCGCUGAUAUCGGCACAUUCAAAUGGGGCGUGGCAGACCGCGGUGCAUCAAUUCGUGUCGGUCGAGACACAGAGAAAGAAGGAAAAGGUUAUUUUGAGGACAGGAGGCCUGCUUCUAACAUGGAUCCAUAUGUGGUCACUUCCAUGAUUGCUGAAACCACCAUUCUGAUGAAGUAAAGAAAUGCUCAGCCGAUAUUGGUUUGCUUUCUUCAUUAAGGCUCAUGAGUGAUGAGUCAUAAAAGAAUUGAGCAUUACUAGGAUCCAAUCCUUCUGUUUCAUUUGCAGUAUAGCUACUUGUGUUGCAGGUCUCAUUGCUUCCUUCUCUCCUUGGUGUCAGAAUAUUGUGAACUUUUAUAUUAUUAAUAACUACACAGAAGGGCUGAUUUCUAUUGUUCCAAAUCAAAA